AUGUGGGGUGCAAAAUUUUUUCAACUAUUUUUUGUGCCUUUAUUGUGGUCUAGAGGAGCAGUAGCUGAAGUGCGCUAUGCUUGUGCAUUUUCAGAAGAAGUACAGGAGUGUCCCAAUUUCAAAAAUGAGUACUUUGACGCUUCCGGGUUGAAGCUCAGCGAUGAUGAUGGCUUAGGGCUUUCAGGAGCCUUAAACGUAAAAGUGGCCGUAGACGUAGGAGAUGAGAUGUGCGCAGAUGUGUGGAAAAUGACAGAAGUUGGUAAAGAGAUGGUGUUCAGUGCUUGUGGAGAUAUUUGUGAUAAUCUGGAUGAUAAAAACAACCCAUGGUAUCCAUUAUUCGAUAAAAUGAACACUAAAUCGUGUCCUAUUGAGGCUAAAGUAUAUGAAAUCGAUAACAUGAUAAUUGACUUGGCAUUUGCGAACGGCGUGAUGUGUCACGAAUUUUGUGCAGAAUAUGAGGUGACACUGUCGGUUAAGGAUAAAACGGACCAAAAGUCCUGUAACAUCCUUAACAUCGUUAUUUACGAAUCCAACGACGAUGCGAAUGAGGAAAAAUAAUUUAUGUACAUUUUUAAGUUUUCAUUAAAGUGUGUCCAACAUUUCACGUUUUUGCUUUAUGGAUCAUAAAUGGUAUAUUGACGAGCAUGUUAAGUAACGACUACAACCACAACACAUUUCUUUUUAAGUACGAUUAAAUGUAAUGCUUAAAGGAAGAUUUAUUCAAAUGUAGAACAUAAUCUAUCAUUACCACAAAACUUACUAAACUAUAAAAAAUAAAUGCCGCUCUCCUGUUGUUUGUAUGAGAUCCUGUAUUUUUAUAAUUAGAAAUAUAAAAGCAACAAAAGAGGGGGGUACAAAUAUGGGGUAUAAAUUUAUAUUGCGGCGGGUUCCAGCCAACUUCAAGCGUUAUUAACUUUUUCCUGCAGUCGGAACGCUUGCGGUCAGCGGCAAAAAAUUUGCUGCACACAUUAAUUUUACCGUACGGUAAUUACGAAUUUGGGAAUGCUUUAAUGAACUCAUUACGGGAGUUUGUUUUCCUAGCAUUGUUCC